UGAAAGCAACAUUCAAAAAGUAUGGCUGUAUUUCUUAGAAAAUCUUUUGGGUUUAUUUAAAACAAAUGUCAAAUACUGAGCAUACCAAUUGUCAAAUAAAUAUAACCAAUGGCCAGUCACAAUAAAUCAUCGCGCGUGCAACGCACAUUUGUGGCUCAAGUGUGGAAAAUUACAAAAACCUUGAAACAGAUCUUAUGUUUUUUUAAGGUCCUUCGAAAAAAGGCGAAAAAAGAAACAACUUCCGUUUCCAAUGUCGGAAAAAGGAGAACUGGUAACUGGCCUUAGCUUCCCCAAAGGCAAUAGCACCAAAGUUUUACUUUGACAAUAUUAUUUCGUAAUUCAAUAUGGCGACUAUUAGAGGAGUGAAGACUUUCCUCUCUCAUAAUGCAUCAAAAUGUUUAGAUUACAAAAGCGCUAAAGCUAAGCAAAUCACGUGUCAAACAAACUUUACUACAUCAGAAAAAGUACAACGAGAUCUACUGGCGAUGAACAAAAACGGUUUGACCAAAAUGCUAAUGAACAAGUCAAGAGUGAACCUUUCGACACAUGCCGUAAAUUACUGCUGGAAGAAGCUGAGUUACAAAACUAUCCAAUUAAUCGUUUCGAUGGCAGCAUACAUAUUGUAAAAGGACCUUCACAUGAGCAUGAUUUGGGAAUAAAGAAUGCCAUUAAUAGACUAAAGAAAAAGUCAGUUUUAGGACUUGAUGUUGAAAUGGUAGAAUCCAUUCAAUUAUUUCCCUUAAAUAAACAUACAAAAAAGAUCAAAGUUGUUCAAAUAGCAUCAGAAACUGAUGCAAUGUUGUGGCAGUUGAGAAACUUUCCUGGUUUACCAUCAUCAUUGGAGUAUUUCCUGAAAUCAGACAUUCUUAAGGUUGGCCAUGCAAUAAGUGAAGAUGUUGUCCAAUUAAAGAAUGAAUUCAACAUCACAUCACAACAUAUCUUUGAUACAUUGCCUUGGGCAAUAGAGAUGAAUUGUAAACCUUUGACUUUGCAUGCUUUGUGUGCAAUAUUCUUGGGUUGGAGGAUAUCAAAAGGAUUGCAAACCUCAAAUUGGGAUCGACGCGAGUUGUCUAUGAAUCAAGUACAUUAUGCAUGCACUGAUGCUUGGGCAAGCUUAAUGCUUUAUAAAGAAAUGAAAAGCUAUGCCGAAAGAAAUUGCUAUCUGUUUCCCUUGCCAAUAGAGUCAGUUGACAAUAUUCUGGACACAAGGCUUGAUACCAAAAGAAAAAGACGUCGGCGUCAUGUUAAGAAUUACAAAGCAAGAAGAAACUACGAACUGAUGAUAAAUAAUGCAACAUUUAUUACUGAAUAACAUUUACCUAAGGAAAAGAUUUUAGAAAAAAUACUGUGUUCAUUGCCUUAAGUCAGAAAGCACACCAUUAUCGUGUAAUUUUCACACUUUUCCAUUUGGAUCAUUAAUUGCAAAGUCUUUGUUACAAGUAAAUGAGAUUGUUAUAGCAAA